CUUUCAGUAAGGAACGGCUAAUGUGACUUAUAUCUCUUGCUGACAUCACCCUGAAACACAGCAUCAUCAUCUGCAAACGGCACUAUUCACAAUGUUCAUCAAGACAGUCAUUAUCUUAUUGGCCUCCUUAUCGCACGGAAAAGAAAUUAUGCAGAGACGCCACGAUGUAUCAUCACCUAUCAUGGAUCAAUUCCCAUGGUCCUCCUUCCUCAACAAAACAGGCCUCGAUCCGCUUCAAUAUCUCAAACCUCCAUCUGACGACACACCCGAGACACUCGCCUGCACCACGGCAAGACCUCCAAUCUCAGACAUUCGGGCAUCACUAACGAUAACCAGGAACCUGGUCCCGAUCGACUCGCCUGCCCAGUCGCCAUAGCCGCAUGGUCGAACCUCGCCGAUGCAGAACAGUACAUCUACAUCCCAUUUGACCAAUGCCUAUCCGCAACAGAAGGAACAUGCAGAACUGUUGCGUGCGCGCCCACAGGAAAUCUUACUAUCAAAAGCGAUGAAAUAACAGGACGAAUGUGGAAUCCCGUAUCGACAAAGUGUGUGUUUGGUGGCGUUGGAGGAAUAUGGCAGAAUGAUGGGUCAACCUUGGUCAUUGAGAUGGGAUACGC